AUGGCUCGAUACACCGCAGCUCACGCUAGCCCAGAAGGACCAGGAGACUCCCGGCCAAGAGCAUUGCAAGUGGUCAAAGAUGAAGAAAUGGAAGGCAAGUUAGAGGGCAAGGUAAUCGUCAUCACCGGAACCUCAUCCGGUCUCGGUAUUGAAACGGCGCGCGCUCUCUCCGCCACUGGAGCAACGCUCUACCUGACAGCUCGAAAUGUCCCCAAAGCCAAAGCCGCUUUGGCCGACAUUGCUGAGACAGGCCGCACGGAAUUCAUCGAAAUGGGCCUAGAAUCGUUCGAAAGCGUACGUGCCGCUGCGAAGACGAUUCUCGCAAAGACCGACAAGGUCAAUGUCCUGAUCAACAACGCCGGCAUCAUGGCAGUGCCAACUCUUGAAUUCACCAAGGAUGGCCACGAGCUGCAGUUUGGCACCAAUCACCUGGCCCAUUUCCUGUUUUUCCAGCUAUUGAAACCAGCGCUCUUGGCCGCCUCGACCCCUGAUUUUCAUUCUCGAGUUGUCAAUGUGUCCUCUGCCGCUCACCGUCGCCAUGGCAUCAAUGCAUCAGACAAUUACAACUUUGAGAAAGGGGAUUAUGACCCCUGGGUUGCCUACGCGCAAUCCAAGACGGCCAACGUAUACAUGGCCAAUGAGAUUGAGCGCCGCUACGGAUCUCUCGGUCUUCAUGCAACGAGCGUUCAUCCUGGUGGGAUUUUAACUGGCCUUUCGAAGCACAUCCCCGACGCGCAGGUUGCGGCAAUGUUAGAAGAUAAGGCUCUAGCCAUGAGCCUCAAGAGCCCGGAGCAAGGUGCUGCGACGACAGUGUGGGCUGCUAUUGGCAAGGAAUGGGCGAAUAAGGGGGGCAAGUAUCUGGCCGAUUGUGCUGAGGCGGAGCGUGGAAAUGAUGAUGAUAGUAUCUCAGGACCGAGCUACGUCAGCCAUACCUACGAUGUGGAGAGCGAAGGCAGACUUUGGAGGGACUCGUUGAAAAUGGUGGGAUUGGCGGAUGAUCAGUAG